CUCCUCAAGGCUUUGUCCAGCCCCUUGUGAAGAUGGCGGGGCUGAGCAGCAGGACUAGCGUGGCAGAGGCGCCGAGAAGCAGCGGCCGAGGGGUCGUGAUUUCAGAUGAUUGGCCAGGAUAUAGCUUGGAUCUGUUUACAUAUCCACAGCAUUACUGUGGAGAUCUUGAUUAUGUCCUCAUACCCCAUGGGAUCAUUGUUGACAGGAUAGAACGUCUGGCCAAAGAUAUCAUGCAAGACAUUGGACACAAUGACAUCGUGGUUCUCUGUGUACUUAAAGGUGGCUACAAAUUCUGUGCUGAUCUUGUGGAACAUAUUAAGAACCUCAGUAGAAACUCAGAAAGGUUCAUCUCCAUGAAAGUUGACUUUGUUAGAGUGAAAAGUUAUCAGAACGACCAAUCUAUGGAAGAUACUCGGAUCAUAGGAGGAGAUGACUUUUCAAAACUGUUUGAAAAGAAUGUGCUUAUUGUGGAGGACAUCAUUGGGACUGGAAGGACUAUGAAAGCACUCCUGGACAGUAUUAAAAAACAUAAACCCACAAUGGUUAAGGUAGCAAGCUUGUUGGUGAAAAGAACAGCUCUACCAGAUGGAUUCAGGCCUGAUUAUUAUGGAUUUGAAAUUCCAGAUUUAUUUGUGGUGGGUUAUGCCUUAGACUACAAUGAGUACUUCAGAGACCUAAAUCACUUAUGUGUUAUCAAUAACCACGGCAAAGCAAAAUACAGAGUCUAAAGAAUAACUAAUCAUCUUUGUCUGGAACAUUGGUGGUCCUCAUGAUCAUCACCAUAAGAACAGACCAACUCAUCUCAUUCAGACUGGACCAGAUAUGGCAUCUCCCCUUGGACCUUGGAUCACCUUGGACUUUGACAUAGUUGAACUCCUUUAUUUCCUUCAGAUUUCCUAGGAUAACCAGGAUAAGUCAAAGGCAGAUAUAAUACAGUAUUCUACGUCCAAAAGAAUAGAAAUUAGAGGUGAAAGAAUACUUGCCUUUUAACUUUUUGUACCCUGCUUUGCCCAACCUUAACAUACCAGAUUUGUUGGAGUUAAACUCCCAUUGUUUUUAACCAACAAGGUUCCUUACCCUGUGUAACAAGUGCCUUUAAAAAUGUGUGUUGAACACAACUGCACAAUGAUCAGUGGUCUCUGUGGGGCUAUUUUAAUGGUGCAGUUGUUAGCUCAUUUUUCUUCAGACAAUGUUGUAGUGCCUUUACUUAAGCUCUUUUUUAACAGAGAUUUGAAUACAUAAUUGUUACCAUCUCCUUUCUAUGACACAAUCAUUGUUGAGAUAUUUAUUCUCACCCAUUAUUUAAAACUCAAAGGAGCAAAGACCUCAAACUAAAUGAUUUUCUCUGAACUCAAUAGCUCCUUGUGAAACUCCUGAGAUAAUUUAGGCUGGUCAAGAAUGGCUUUAGCCAGUGUUUGAGUUCAUAGAAGCAAACAGACUCCACUGUGGUUUAAACAUUGUGUUUUGUAUAUCAUUGCUUUUGUUUUAGUAUUAUGUGUGAACCAUCUCACUAUAGCAUGUUCAGCUAAACAUAGUUUUAAACCAUUCCAUGACUAGCAGGCAGGGAGGAAGUGCCAUAAGUAAGCAAACAAUUGUCUUCUUAUUCAAAGUCCAGUAUUAUGUACACUAUAUUAUAACCUUCUAGUAUGCUUCAAAACUAAUUUAGGAUUUGAAAUGAUAGUAGUCCUAGUCUUACAUUCUUAACCAGGGGAAUUCAAAAGAUGGCAAUUUGUCAUCUUUUAUUUGUUUCAGCAGAAUCUUGCAUUCUAAGGUUGAUGGAAAUUGAAAUCUAGUAUCUAGAGGGUAAGGACAAUUGCCUACGCUUCAUCUGAUCUUAGUGUCAUGCUGUCUUUGUUCGUUUCUUUGACUUCUGCUUCUUACUUCCCCACAAAAUUUGUUCCAAUGCCACUUUAUUCAGAGCUGCAACUCCUGUUCAAGGAAUACAAGGAUUAAUUUGGAAUCAUUGGAAUAAUAUAAGCAAGUAUAUUAGCACAGUAGAUGAUGAAAAAUAGAAUUUGCAUACAAUAAAUGUUAAAAGUCAUUGGAAUUGUUGCUGCUUUUGCGAAAUAUAACUGCAGUGGUUAAUUAUGUAUUGAGCCUUAUCCAGAUGCAUUGGGACUGCAAAUCCCAGAAUUCAUUUCAGGAAUUCUAAGAACCAGGCUCUGGCAAUUGGCUGGGGCCCCAAUGUGGGCAUCCCAUUCUGGAAGCAGCUAAGAGAAGAUCCUACCUCCACCCUAUUGAACACAUUGGUCCUUUUUAUCCAGUUUGUUCUUAAUUUUAAUCUUUAACAUUUAAUGUUCAAUGUUUCAUGCUUUUGACCUUCUAAUUGUUUUAUAUUGCUAUUAUGAUACUAUAAAUUGCCCAAAAAUCACUUGAGAGUCUGAUAGGCAACGUAUAAUUUUAAUAAAUAAAUAAUCGUGCUAACACAUCUAGAGAUGUAAGAUUAGGAAAAGCCAAUGUAUCAAAUCUUCAGUUAUCCUAUAAUAAUAAUUGAAAUCAUGUUUGAAUUCUGGCCCAGAUUAUUUAAUUUAUAACCUUAAUUUAGGUUAUAGUUCAAAGCAUCCCAAUCAAUUUAUGGUGGAAAUAUUGGUCCAACAAUAUUUGGAUUGAUGGGACAUUCCUGUUGUUCAGUUGUGACUCUAAUACAACCUUGUAAGCCUCUUGGUGGCUUCCUUUGACCUAUAAUUCCUUUGUAAAGCAAAUAGUUUACUGUAUUAAAAAAAAUCUAUCUAGGCAUUAAAAGAUUGAACUCUUACAACACGAUAACUUGUUUUCCUUUCAUCUCAUUCCUUGUGAAUGGUUCUUUUUCAUACAUUUCUUCUGCAUGUAAGGCUAGAAGGCAACUUUCUUAACAGUAGAUCUUAUUUAACACCGUGAAACUAAAAAUGUCAUUUAACACAAUAGAGUUUGAUUAAAUAUGCCGAAAAAUGGUGUUUUCUGUGAAUCAAAAAAGUUUUCCCAUUUUCAGUGGUUGAAAACUAGCCUUUUCGUCUUCUAUGUAUGGUAAGAAUUCUUAGGUUAGGGAAAGAAAUAUGACUAUAUUUGUUUCUUAGUCUCUAAAAGCAAAUUUGCAGACUAGUGCUCAGAAUCGCCAGGUGUUACCAUAUCCCAGUUCCUGAACUAUUAAUUUAUAUUUGACUCCAACUGGUGGAUUUCACACUUUAGAUUAAAAAAUAAGUCCUGUAAAUUCAAGCCCACUAUCAAUCAUUAUUUUUACAUUAGUGAUUAUAAUUUCUCACUUAAUUUGUUUUAGCACAGAAAAGAUAGGUUUGGGGGUAAUAAGGUUAAAGCAGGCAUGUCCAAGCCACAGGCUACAUGUGCCCCUGGACAACUACUAAUGUGGCCCCACAAGAUCAUAAAAUAUAAAAAAUAAAGGAAGUUUGUAAUUGAUAUACAUUAUAUUUUAGUUAGGAAAAUACCAGAGCACUUCAGCUUUGUUUUCCAAAUGGACUGCAUAACCCAUAAUCUCUAACUGGGCCUAAUGGAAAUUGUAAACUAUCGACACAGACUUAACUAUGAGGAAGAAGAUGCCUAAAGACUACUAAGCACCAAUAUUCCCAUAAUAACUAAUUAUGGCCAAAGGUAUUCUUAAAAAGCAUUUCACUUUUUAAAAAUUGGAUUUUCUUUUCUUGUGCUUGUUUUUCAUAACUAGUCUACUAAUCCUUGGGUGUAAAUGCUGCAACAGCUAGAAUUUUUACUGAUCAAAUGUACUUUGUUCUGAAAAAAGGGGAAUCAUUUUAAAAUAAAACUUAGUAAUAUGUAAAUCAUUUAAAGUACAUUUGCCUUAGUGGGAUUCCUAUUUUUUUACACAACUAUCUCCAGGGGAAUUUUGCAUUUUUACUUUUGCAGGUAAAGAAGAAAGGCCAUGGGCUUUUAUAAAUGCUCCCAAAAGCUUCUUAGAGACAGCCAAUUGUAAAAAAAA